AUGAAUUACUCCUCGUUCCUUCGGAUCUGGGUCUCUUUCAUCUUCGCGCUGGUACAGCACCGAGCUCAGCCCAGGGAGCUCAUGUACCCAUUUUGGCAGAAUGACACCAAAACCCCCAAAGUAGACGACGGAAGCUCCCCCGAGAUCAAGCUGGCCAUCCCCAUCUUCUUCUUCGGCGUGCCUUACCGCACCGUCUAUGUCAAUAACAACGGCGUUGUCUCCUUCAACGUGCUGGUGAGCCAGUUCACGCCCGAGUCCUUCCCCUUGACGGACGGGAGGGCCUUCAUCGCCCCGUUUUGGGCAGAUGUGCACAAUGGAAUCCGAGGCGAGAUCUACUACAGAGAGACCAUGGACCCUGCCAUCCUGACAAGAGCCACCAAGGACAUCAGGAAGCACUUCAAGGACAUGGCAGCCUUCUCGGCCACGUGGGUCUUCAUUGUGACCUGGGAGGAAGUCACGUUUUACGGAGGGAGCAGCACCACGCCCGUGAACACCUUCCAGGCCGUCCUGGUGUCCGAUGGCUCUCACACAUUCACGCUCUUCAAUUACUAUGAAAUCAACUGGACAACGGGGACAGCAAGCGGCGGGGACCCCCUGACAGGUCUUGGGGGAGUGAUGGCACAGGCAGGAUUUAACGGUGGGAACCUCAGCAACUUCUUCAGCCUCCCGGGGUCCAGAACCCCCGACAUUGUGAACAUCCAGGAGACCACGAACGUCAACGUUCCCGGCCGCUGGGCGUUCAAAGUGGACGGGAAAGAGAUUGAUCCGGCCAAUGGCUGCACCUCCAGAGGGCAGUUCCUGCGGCGAGGGGAGGUGUUCUGGGAGGACCUGAACUGCACCAUCAAGUGCCGCUGCCUGGACUUCAACAAUGAGAUCUACUGCCAGGAGGCCGCUUGCAGCCCCUAUGAGGUGUGCGAGCCCAAAGGCAAGUUCUCCUCCUGCAGCCCCGUGGAGACCGGCACCUGCGUGGUGUUCGGGGAGCCGCACUACCGCACCUUCGACGGCUUCGUCUUCCAUUUCCAGGGCUCCUGCGCCUACCUGCUGGCCCGGCACUGCGUGCGGGCGGCCCACCUCCCCUUCUUCAGCGUGGAGGCCAAGAACGAGCGCCGGGCCGGCAAGGCCGUCUCCACGCUGAGGGAGCUCUCCGUGGAGGUGAACGGCUACAAGAUCCUCAUCCCCAAAGGGAGCUACGGGAAAGUCAAGGUGAAUGAUCUAGUGACUUCUUUGCCCAUCACCUUAGACUUGGGGGCUGUGAAAAUCUACCAGAGUGGCAUGUCCACUGCCGUGGAAACAGAUUUUGGGCUCUUAGUGACGUUUGAUGGCCAGCACUACGCCUCCAUCUCCAUCCCGGGCUCCUACACCAACUCCACGUGCGGGCUCUGUGGGAACUACAACAAGAACCCGCUGGACGACUUCCUCCGCCCGGACGGUAGGCCGGCCAUGUCUGUGCUGGAUCUGGGAGAGAGCUGGCGGGUCUACCAUGCUGAGUGGCUAUGCGACUCGGGCUGCGUGGACAACUGCACCCAGUGCGACACGGCCACCGAGGCCCUGUACUUCGGCCCCGACUACUGCGGCUUCCUCAACAAGACAGACGGGCCCCUGUGGGAGUGCGGCACCGUGGUGGACCCCACGGCCUUCGUGCACAGCUGCGUGUAUGACCUGUGCAGCGUGAGGGACAACGGGACUCUCCUCUGCCAAGCCAUCCAGGCCUAUGCCCUCGUGUGCCAAGCCCUCGGCAUUCCGAUCGGAGACUGGCGCCUCCAGACUGGGUGUGUAUCUACGGUGCAGUGCCCCAGCUUCAGCCACUAUUCUGUGUGCACCAGCAGCUGCCCGGACACGUGCGCGGACCUCACGGCCUCGCAGACCUGCGCCUCGCCCUGCACAGAGGGCUGUGAGUGCAAUGAUGGCUUCGUCCUCAGUGCCAGCCAGUGCGUCCCACUGCACGAGUGCGGCUGCGACUUCGACGGCCGCUACUACACUCUGGGGGAGUUCUUCUGGGCCACGGCCAACUGCACAGUGCAGUGCCUGUGCGAGGAGGGCGGCGACGUGUACUGCUUCAACCGGACCUGCCGUGCCGACGAGGUGUGCACCGUGGAGCAGGGCCACCGCGGCUGCUUCCCCCGGCGCGAGACCGUGUGCCUGCUCAGCCAGGACCAGGUGCUGCACACCUUCGAUGGCGCUGCCUUCGCCUUCCCCGCUGAGUUCUCCUACACGGUGCUCAGGACCUGCCCCGAGCAGCCCGAGUACUUGGAGAUCGACAUCAACAAGAAGAAGCCCGACGGAGGGCCUGCCGGGCUGCGAGGCCUCCGGAUCCUGGUGGCCAACCAGGAGGUCAAGAUCGGAGGGGUCGGGGCCUCGGAAGUCAAGGUGAACGGCCAGGAGGUGGAACUGCCUUUCUUCCACUUCUCGGGGAAGCUGGAGGUUCACCAGACCCAGAACAGCACGACGGUGGAGUCCAAGGGCGUGGUGAGCGUGCAGUACUGGGCCUCGGGGCUGCUGUACGUGCGCCUGUCCACCGUCUACUUCAACUGCACCGGCGGCCUGUGCGGCUUCUUCAACGCCAACGCCAGCGACGAGUUCUGCCUCCCCAACGGCAAGUGCACGGACAACCUGGCCGUGUUCCUGGAGAGCUGGACCACCUUCGAGGAGAUCUGCAACGGCGAGUGCGGGGACCUGCUCAAGGCCUGCGGCAACGACUCAGAGCUGCUCAAGCUCUACCGCAGCCGCGCGCGCUGCGGCGUCAUCAACGACCCGUCCAACAGCUCGUUCCUGGAGUGCCACGGCGUGGUCAACGCCACCGCCUACUACCGCACCUGCCUCUUCCGCCUCUGCCAGAGUGGCGGCAACCUGUCCGAGCUCUGCGACGCCGUGGCUCGCUACGCCGGCGCCUGCAAGAACGCCGACUCCGCACGGCAUGGACUUGCUGAUCUGCCCCAGGCCAAGGACACCUUGCUGCCAGGCUAUGUCUGUGCCAUCUCUCUGGACUGCCCGGAGAACAGCCACUUUGAGGAAUGCAUGACCUGUACAGAGACCUGCGAGACGCUGGCCCUGGGCCCCAUCUGUGUGGACAGCUGCUCGGAGGGGUGUCAGUGCGACGAGGGCUAUGCCCUGCAAGGCAGCCAGUGUGUUGCCCGGAGCGAGUGUGGCUGCAACUUUGAGGGGCACCAACUUGCCACAAACCAGACCUUCUGGGUGGACCUGGACUGCCAGAUCUUUUGCUACUGCAAUGGCACGGACAACAGCGUCCACUGCGAGACCGUCCCCUGCAAGGAUGAUGAGUACUGCAUGGAGGAGGGCGGCCUGCACUACUGCCAGCCCCGCACCGAUGCCUCCUGCAUCGUCUCAGGCUACGGCCACUACCUGACCUUCGACGGCUACGCCUUUGACUUCCAGACCAGCUGCCCACUCAUCCUAUGCACCACGGGAAGCAGGCCGAGCGCAGAGUCAGUCCCCAAGUUUAUUGUCACGGCCAAGAACGAGGACCGGGACCCAUCACUGGCCUUGUGGGUCAAGCAGGUGGACGUGACCGUGUUUGGCUACAGCAUAGUGAUUCACAGGGCCUACAAGCACACUGUGCUGGUCAACAAUGAACGGCUGUAUCUCCCUUUGAAACUGGGUCAAGGGAAGAUAAAUAUCUUUUCCUUUGGCUUCCACGUGGUGGUGGAGACAGAUUUUGGCCUGAAGGUCGUGUAUGACUGGAAGACCUUCCUGUCAAUCACAGUCCCACGGACCAUGCAGAACGGCACCUCCGGUUUGUGUGGCCGCUAUAACGGCAACCCCGACGACGACCUGGAGAUGCCCAUGGGGCUGCUUGCAUCCAGCAUCAAUGAGUUUGGGCAGAGCUGGGUGAAGAGGGACACCUUCUGCCAGGUGGGCUGUGGGGACCGCUGCCCCUCCUGUGCCAAGGUGGAAGGCUUCUCCAAGGUGCAGCAGCUGUGCAGCCUGAUCCCCAACCAGAACGCGGGCUUCACCAAGUGUCACAGCAAAGUCAACCCCACCUUCUUCUACAAGAACUGCCUGUUUGACUCCUGCAUCGAUGGGGGCGCGGUGCAGACGGCCUGCAGCUGGCUGCAGAACUACGCCAGCACCUGCCAGACACAGGGGAUCGCUGUGACCGGCUGGAGGAAUUACACAUCCUGCUCCGUCACCUGCCCGCCCCACAGCCACUACGAGAGCUGCGUGAGCGUGUGCCAGCCGCGCUGCGCCGCCAUCCGCCUCAAGAGCGACUGCAACCACUACUGCGUGGAGGGCUGCCAGUGCGACGCGGGCUACGUGCUCAACGGCAAGAGCUGCAUCCUGCCGCACAGCUGCGGCUGCUUUUCUUCAGAUAAAUUCCCAGAACCCAAGCAGCUGUUCUGGAACAGCGACUGCACCCGGCGCUGCCGCUGCUUCCGGCGCAACCUGAUCCAGUGCGACCCGCGCCAGUGCAAGUCGGAUGAGGAGUGCGCGCUGCGCAACGGGGUGCGCGGCUGCUUCAGCACCAGGACCUCCUACUGCCUGGCGGCUGGCGGGGGCGUCUUCCGCACCUUCGAUGGCGCCUUCCUGCGCUUCCCCGCCAACUGCGCCUUCGUGCUCUCCACCAUCUGCCAGAAGCUGCCCGACAUCUCCUUCCAGCUCAUCAUCAACUUCGACAAGUGGUCGUCCCCCAACCUCACCAUCAUCUCGCCCGUCUACUUCUACAUCAACGAGGAGCAGAUUCUCAUCAGCGACCGCAACACCGUCAAGGUGAACGGCACACAAGUGAAUGUCCCUUUUAUAACUGGGUUGGCAACCAAAAUCUACAGCAGCGAAGGGUUCCUGGUGAUUGACACCAGCCCCGACAUCCAGAUAUACUACAACGGCUUCAACGUCAUAAAAAUCAGCAUCAGCGAGAGGCUGCAGAACAAAGUGUGUGGCCUCUGUGGCAACUUCAAUGGGGACUUAACUGACGACUACGUGACCCUGCGGGGGAAGCCAGUGGUGAGCAGUGUGGUGCUGGCCCAGAGCUGGAAAACCAACGGCAUGCAGAAGCGCCCCCUCGCCUGCAGCUGCAACGAGCUGCAGUUCUCGCAGUACGCGGCCGCCUGCGACAACGUGCACAUCCAGAGGCUGCAGGGUGAGGGCUACUGCCUGAAGCUCACGGACAUGAAGGGCUUCUUCCAGCCCUGCUACGGGCUGCUCGACCCGCUGCCCUUCUACGAGUCCUGCUACCUGGACGGCUGCUACAACCACCGGAAGCUGCAGCUGUGCGGCUCGCUGGCCGCCUAUGGGGAGUCCUGCCGCUCCUUGGGGAUCCUCAGCACCGAGUGGAUCGAGAAGGAGAAUUGCUCAGGAGUGGUGGACGAUCCCUGCGUGGGGGCUGACUGUCCCAACCGGACCUGUGAGCUGGACAACGGUGGGGAGCUGUGCGGCUGCAUCGAGCCUCCCCCCUACGGGAACAACUCCCACGACAUCAUCGAUGCGGAGGUGACCUGCAAGGCGUCCCAGAUGGAGGUGUCCAUCUCCAAGUGCAAACUCUUCCAGCUCGGCUUCGAGAGAGAGGGCGUGAGGGUCAAUGACAGGCAGUGCACGGGCAUCGAAGGGGAAGACUUCAUCUCCUUUCAGAUCAACAACACCAAAGGCAACUGCGGGAACAUCGUGCAGUCCAAUGGCACUCACAUCAUGUACAAGAACACAAUCUGGAUAGAAAGCGCCAACAACACGGGCAACAUCAUCACCAGGGACCGGACCAUCAACGUGGAGUUCUCGUGUGCUUACGAGCUGGACAUCAAGAUCUCCUUGGACUCGGUGGUGAAGCCCAUGCUGAGUGUCAUUAACCUGACCGUUCCAACCCAAGAGGGCAGCUUCACCACCAAGAUGGCGCUCUACAAAAAUGCCUCCUACAAGCACCCGUACCGCCAGGGCGAGGUGGUGCUGACCACGCGAGACGUGCUGUACGUCGGGGUCUUUGUGGUCGGAGCUGAUGCCACCCAUUUGAUCCUGACGCUGAACAAGUGCUAUGCCACACCCUCACGCGACAGCAAUGACAAACUCCGAUACUUCAUCAUUGAAGAAGGGUGUCAGAACAUUAAAGACAACACCAUUGGCAUCGAGGAGAAUGGGGUCUCCCUCACCUGCCGCUUUCACGUCACAGUCUUCAAGUUCAUCGGGGAUUAUGAUGAAGUCCAUCUUCACUGUGCAGUGUCACUCUGCGAUUCGGAGAAGUACUCCUGCAAAAUAAAUUGCCCACAAAAUUCCAGGAUUGCCACAGAAUAUACCAAAGAACCUAAAGAACAGAUCAUUUCAGUGGGACCCAUUAGGAGAAAAAGGCUGGACUGGUGUGAGGACAACGGAGGGUGUGAGCAGAUCUGCACCAGCCGGGUGGAGGGGCCCCUGUGCAGCUGUGUGACUGGCACCCUGCAAGAGGACGGCAAGAGCUGCCGAGCCUCUAAUUCUUCCACUGAGCGUCAAGUCUGGACACUGCUUCUCGUCAUGACCCAGAUUUCAUUGUGGCAUUUUGUGUAUAAAUCAGUCACGACCUCAUAAUUAACUCAAGGUUGCUAUAUGAAGUACUGUAAUUUACGUUUUUCCAUUCCCUGUAGGAAAAAAGGUGUGUGCCCUUAACUCAAAACCUAUUUCAAAGUGUCCAGAAUCUCAACAGGAUGCCACCUGCCUCAAAUGAUCAGAGAUCUGGAGAUGAGUGAAAUUUCAAACUCCUCUUUCAAAGUACACAAUGGGGCUUCCAAAGCCAGUUGUGGAAAGCAUAUAUCUUGGUAAAAAUUUUCAAACAGUUGUCACUAGAAACUGAUUCACUCAAAUAACCAAUAAAGGACAAAAUUCUGGUUAGAAACGUCUGACUGGAAUCUGAUCAGAGAAUCUGUCCAGCCCGUGCUGUUUCCGGAUCAUAGGUUUUACGAAGAGGGAACAACGUGGAGAAGCAACAGCUGGGGGACCGACUCCCUCUGAGGACUCUUUCUCAGUUUGCAAGUGUCUGAUCUCUGAUCUGCGUGUUGCUCCCUUUCUGUAUGAUGAGCUUCUUCCCUACCCUCGUGUCCUCCAACCUUGCCAUGAGCCUGGUCACUGGUAUGUUGUUUGCAGACCUUGGGAGCCCUACCCACUUCCAUUCCCUCAGACCCAUUUCCUUCUCUUUUUAUAA